CUGGAGUAAAAGAUUCCUCACGCCUUUAAUGCGAAAGAAAGGGCGAGGAGAGAUUCUUCUUUUCUUCUGACUGUCUAGACGGACGGCUUAUCCCCUCCGUCGAAGAAAUGCAGUCCAUGCUCCGUCUCACUUCCUCCUAUGGUCUCCCUCUCUGCGUCUCCGCGAUCUCGCCUCCCCUCGCCCUCUCCAAAGAGAUGGAGGAUCACGAUCGCCGGAGGAAGGCGUUGAGGAAGCAGUGGUCGAGAGCCCGGCUGCGGACAGUGCCGGAGCUGGCCUUCUGGAGGGAGGACGAGAUCACGGCUGUUCAGGCGAUCGUGGAAGGUGAGGUCGACGGAGAUCUCGCCGAUCUCUUCCGUGAUCUUCUUCUGUCGCACUAUUGUGAUUCGUCUUUCCCUGCAAAAGCCGCUUAGCUCAUUAGGAAGAUGAGCUUCUUUUUAUUAAUAUGUAGAUGAUAUGUGUUUUCAUCUGUAAAAUUUCAGUGGAUUAAUUUAAUUAUUUUAGAAGGAUUAUACUUCCACCUCGAUUACAGUCAAAUAUAAUAUCUAUUAUUAUUAUUA